UGGAAAUGAUCGAACAAACGAACGAAAAAAUGUACGAAAGGAAGAACGAAAAAUUGAUCGUAAAGACUAUCGAAACAAAUUGAUGAGAAUUCAAAAAGAAAAAAAGGAAAAAGGAAAAAAAAGGAAAGAAAGAGAGAAAAAAGGAGGGACGACUGAGGAUUCUUGAUCGAUCAAUAGAUAGAUAGAUAUCCAAAUAGAUAAAUCGCUAAUCUUAUGCGAAUGCCCUGUCAUUUAUCUUCUUGUUACCAAAGCAAGAUGAACAAUCUUUUUUUGAUUAUAUCUUUCUAUAUACAUACACACACUCACACACACACACACACACACAUAUAUAUAUAUAUAUGACUCAUUUAAAUUGAUCGAUAAUUAUUUAAGCAGAAAAAUGGAAAAUUCGACGUGCGGGAUCACGAUCGUCCAUUCCGAAAAAAAAAACAAAGUUUCCAUUACUAAUUCGAACAUUUAAUCUUUCCACCUUGUUGUUUCCUUUGGUUUUAUUUCUUAUCUUUUCUUGUUUAUCCCUCUUUGUUUUUCUUUUUUUUUUCUUUUUUCUUUUUCUCCUUAAUGAACCCACACUCUUCGAUUUCGCGUAAAGAUCAUCUACGAGAUUGAUCGCACGAUCUUUGCCUUAUCCAAUCCGGAAAAAUAGUCAAAAAUAAAUCAUAAUCAUCGUAAAUAGAAGAAUACGUACGACCUCACGUAUCAUUCAUUAAAACAUUGAGAAAUAUUUCUUAAUAUAAAAAGACUGUUUUCCCCCUGUGCACGAUAACAAAUCGUAACCGCGAAAUCUCGUAAUCCUCGUUAAGAUACAUUUGAUAUCGUGCGAUUUACGAGAGAAGAAUGCGAAAAGAGAGGAUGAAAAAAAAAAGAAAAAAAAAAAAAAAGAAAAAAGAAGAGGAAGAAAACAAACCAAAAAAGUAAAUACAAAAACUGAAGAGAAAAAAGAGGAUACUACGAAACGAUAGAAAUUAUGUGCACAAUAGUAUAAGUCGUAACGUACACUAUAAAACAAGAUUCUUUGUACCGCAAAUCCUACUUACAAUUAUUAUUAAUUAGUAAAUCGAUCGACCAUUGUGACGAAAUACAAAAAAAAAAAAAGAAAAAAGAAAGGGGUAUAAAACAUUCAAUGGCUUUCGCUUAGAAAUAAAUACACAACGUUUGUCUAAAUUCGCGUAUGCGUUCCAUUGUCGUCGACGUUUAAAUACUACGACCAUAGGCAUCGUGAUUUGAAGAAAAAGUAAAUGAAUUAUAGGUAAAUUCGCGCGAAUAACGAAUGGAUUGGUUCUCUCCUACCUCCUCCGUCCUCCUUCCCCUUUCCUCCCUCAUUAAUCCAUCCCUUUUCUCUCCCAACUAUCAUCCCUUCCACCAAGGAUUCUUCCUUAAUCGUGCUAGUUGAAAAUUUUAUUGUAAAUAGUUUAUCGACCUAUUAAAUGGCAAACUUUGUAAAUGUUAAAAAGGAGAAAUUCUUUCGAAUCGAUCGAAAGAUGAUGGAUCAAAUUCGCCGAAUAACGGAUUAUUGAUCGUUCGUCAAAUCUUUUUCAAUAAUUUUCAUUAUUGAUAAUACAUGUUCAUCAUGUCCUAGAUACAUUUUUAACAACGAUCAAAACAUUCAUUCGUCGAGAAAUAAUAAAACAAAGCAGAAAAGAAAUAAAUAAAUAAAUAAAGAAAUAAAUAAAGAAGGAAAGGAAGAAAGAAGGAAAGAAAGAAAGAUAGAAAAACAAACGUACGUUUUGUUAAAGGGAAAAUUGUAUAUCGGAGGAUGAAAUAAAACGCGUCGUAUUUCGAUGGCGAACCGCAUAAAUUCAUUUUCAGUACGCGCUGUAAAUAUGCUACAUAAUGAUCAUAAAACAUUUCAAACUAUCUCACAUUAAAAAAAUAUGAAAUAUUUGUUAUAACGAACGAUCGUUACAAUUUUAUACUUAUCAAUAGCAUGAUAUGUGAAAAGAGAAAGAUUCAUUGUAUUUUCCUUUUUUAUAAGAAGAUUGUUCUCAUCGCACCGACUGACAAGCCGAUAUUUAACCGAUGAUCGAAAA